CUCUCAGACGGCAGCACCUUGCCGUAGUCAUGCUCAGCCUCAUCAAAUUGCCACGAGUCUUCACCAUGAAUCAAGUGCCCAAAGUUUUCCAUGAGGACGGCAUUAUUACUGGGUACCGGCACCCCCGGAGCUCAGCCACCGACUGCAUCCUGAGCCUCUUCCAGAUGACCAAUGAGACGCUCAAUAUCUGGACCCACAGUUUUCCCGGCAGGUACUUCCUAUGGAAACUAGUAACGGUGGUGCUGAUGCAGAAAGCGUGGCAGGACUCCUUCACCUGGCCCAUGGUGAUCUUCCUGUUCACCUGCUGCAUUUACCCACUGGCGUCGAGCUGCGCUCACACCUUCAGCACCAUGUCAGUGCGGGCACGCCACAUCUGCUUCUUUUUUGACUAUGGCUCUAUCAGUUUCUACAGCCUGGGCUCAGCAAUCGUCUAUUCAGCUUACAUUUUCCCCGACAAGUGGGCGAACAGCUCCUUCCACCAGUCCUACAUCACCAUCGCUGUGUUCAACACCGUCAUCUGCACCAUCCUAGCAUGCUACUCCAGAUUCCCUGAGUACCAGAGUCCAAAGUUUAGCAAAUUUCUUAGAGUCGUAUCCUUUGCCUACCCUUACCUGUUUGACAACAUUCCUCUGUUCUACCGGGUGUUCCUGUGUAAAGGGGAGGGCUGUACAGAUAACGCUACCAACAUCCUCCACUACUACCACAUCACCCUGGCUUUUCUCACUGCUUUUCUGUUUGCCACCCAUUUACCCGAGCGCCUGGCACCCGGAAGCUUCGACUUCAUAGGUCACAGCCAUCAGCUUUUCCAUGUGUGCGCCAUCCUCGGCACCCACUUCCAGAUGCAGGCCAUGGAGCAGGACAUGACGAUACGCCGUUCCUGGCUCGUGGAAAACUCAAUCCCCAUCACAUUUGCCAACUCAGUGGGUCCGGCGCUGCUUUGUGUGGUGUUGAAUUUGGUUAUCAUCUUCCUCUACAGCCUACCUCUCCUCUUGGGCCCAGUCUGCAAAGACAAGAAGUACAGUAGAGGACCAAAGAAAGACAAACUCUGCCCCCACAGCUGAACCUCCAGCUUCAUUGGUCAUGGUUUAAAGGGCUUUAACUCGUCCAAAUCAUACACUUUAUAUGGGCCCAAGACUAAAGAAAUUGCAUUAUGGGUAAUAUAAAGGGUAUAACAUAGUAAAGGGUGCACCAGAUGAGGAACUGACAUGAUGUUUAAAUGAAUCACGGUUGCAUUUGGCCUUUAAUUAUCAAUGAGAUGCCUGCUGUUGUGCGGAUAGGCUGAAAAUAUAGGUGCAAGGUACACAAACAUAGCAUGAAAAUUAACAAUGUGUUUGUUAAGUUUCAUAAUAUGUAACGACUUUUAAAUGUUUCUGAGGAAACCUGUUUCUACAUGAAGCUACAAAUGUAGCAGGUUAGCUACAUUACGAGGCAGCGCAUUGUGUGUUUAUCUUUUCGCUUCUCCGAUUUCCACACUUGUGGUGUAUGAAGAGACUGCAGGGAACAAAAACUAUGUAAAAUACUGUUUUUUCCCUUUCAAUUCCAGGUUUUGAUGCUGAACUGACAAUGUGCCUUUUCAUGUUUCUCAUGACUGUUGUUAAGUUAAAUGUGACAUCAGUCAAAUAAUGCACAUCAAACUAAUGAAGCAGUUUUGUUCAGGGAGAUCAGAUGUUUGUUUUUUUUAGUUUAAACUUCAGCUUAAUAGACUGACAGUGUGGUCACUGAGCACAGAGCUGAUGUCCUCUGAGUCAUUUAUUUCCCUCAGAAUGUCUGAUGUUUCUGGUGUUACAUUUUCCUGGAUUACAAAACAGAGUAUUUAAGAACAAAGUUAUUUAUUAUGAGUUUUUCAUAUAAACUGUAAACUACGAUUGUCUGUGUCCCUUUUAUUUUAAUUAGGAGCAUCCUGUUGCAUAAUG